AUUUAAGGGCAAAAACUGAAGUAGUUUCUUUUAGUCUAACUUUUUUCUCAUGGAGAAACGAUCUAACUGAUUGAGCUGCAGCAUGUUUAAAUCUCAUGCAAUUACGGAUAUCACCUUUACUUCAUUGUAAUUGACUGGGCUUCAACGUCUGAUUAAACACUUGAUAUUUCACAACUACUGCAUGUAUAUCUAUCAAUGAUGGAGGAGGAUCUAGGAAGCCCAGUGGCUAAGAUUAAAGAGGAGUCCGGUAGUGUCCUUCUCACUUACUUCCAAGGAGACAUCAACAGCAUGGUGGAUGAACAUUUCUCCCGUGCUCUAAGUAAAGCAACUAAACCUAAGGGAGAGUGCUCCAAAAUCAAAAGAAACCACAGAUCUGCUCAAACAAAUGGAUUUGAUUCAAGUCAAUGGGAAGAACAGUCACAAACCAAGUAUCAGCCCAUGUUUCCUCCAGAACAUCUCCGGCUAGGAACAAGCAGCGAGUCUCAAUCAAACCAUCAUGUGUCACCAGCAAACAGUGCUGUUCUGUGGUCAGGGGAUUCUCGGCAGGGUAUGAGUUUCGCCCUGCCCCCCAUGAUGUACCCCUCGGCUGUUUCCUCUGAUGGUUUGAUGGUAGCCGAACAACAGUACUCUAAUUCUCUGUUAAACUUGCUCCACAAUGAUCACCCUGACAUGAGCACAGUGAUGGUACCCUCCUCCAAACAAGAACUCAUGUCUGGAUGGACAAAGUAUCCUGGAUUUUGCAACCAGAUGACUAGUGACAUCAAUCUAAACUCUGGUGUACAGGUUAUUGAGAAAAAAGAUCUUUAUUGGUAUUAACUAAAAAGUCGUUUGAGAUUAAAAAGCAAGAACAAAGAAGUCUUUCAUCGCUCUUUCGUUUAACUGAACAAGUGACUAAUGGACCUUGCAAUGCUUCACCUGGAGGCUUCUGCACAUCCAACCUGUUCAGAAACAAGCUCUUCGUGUACCACAGCAAGAGAUUGGCCUUGAGCUAUAUGGUUAAAGACGAUCACACGCACACAAAACAAGUAAUCUGUGUUUUUACAGAUUUUUUUUUUUACUGAGUUCAUUUGUUGCAACUGAAUUUUAUGUCUUAUUUUCAUAGAUUUUAUAGCAAAUAUCUGUUGUUUUGGUUGCAUUUAAUUUGUCAGAAAGGCUGCUCUGGGUAUAAAUAACUUUGAUGUGAAUUAUGAUUACAAUCAUGACACACAAAUAUAUCAAUGUACAAAAACUAAAAGUAUAAAGAGGUUUUAUAUGGGCUUGAGUAUAUAGUAAUUUAGUGAAAUGCAUAUGUUUCAGUUUGUAGUUUGCAGAAACUAUAUUUAUUCCUGUUUCAUUCAUGGUUUUCAAGGAUGAGAGCAUGUUACACAAAUUGUCUAUGGUGACAUUUGUCUAAUUUGGCUGUUUUUAAGUUGCAGAUAAUAAUACUGUAGCUUGAUUGGAUGCAAAGCCUUUGUCAACAGCAAAAAAAGUUUCUUUUUCUCCCUUUCAAAAAUGUAAAAGCGUUAUUUAUUUCGCUAUCCUAACAGAUGCACAAUUAUACAUUUAGUCACAUUUUAUUAUUAGCAUCUAUCAUUGUUUUUAUGCUACCUGCGAUGUUGUCAGAACAGACCUUUGAAAGAUUUUUAAGUCACAAACCACUUUGGUUUUGUAUUUUAUUGGCUUUAAAUUAAAUAAAUGGCACAUUACAACAUUUA